CAACAAAGAAGCAAUUAUUGUGUUCUCAAUAUUUGUAAAUGUCUUUUUUGUUUAUUUUUAAAAACAUUUUCUUUUAUUUCCCUCCCCAUACCCCUUUUCUGUAGAGCCUUUUUGGUGACCUGCGUAAAAGAGUUACAAAAUGUCUUACAACGUGACUCUAAAUGGACCUGGACCAUGGGGUUUCCGACUGCAAGGGGGAAAGGACUUCAACAUGCCCUUGACCAUAUCCAGAAUCACCCCUGGCAGCAAAGCAGCCCAGUCCCACAUGAACCAGGGGGACCUUGUGGUAGCCAUUGAUGGAGUCAACACAGAUGGCAUGACCCACUUAGAGGCCCAGAACAAGAUCAAAUCAGCCAGCUACAACCUGAGCCUUACCCUUCAAAAAUCUAAACGCCCAGCUCCAGUUCCAACAGCCACACCUAAAGUUGACUCUCCCAGGCCUGUAAUUCCCCAUCAGAAGGACCCUGCUUUGGAAAUCAGUGGCAACAGAACAACCUUCAGUCCUCUAACUAGCACAGCGACUGGGCCUUUGGGUAGUAUUUUAGCCACCAAUGGAACGUUUUCAGGCUACCUCAGCAAGCAGGAGAUCAGCUGUUCAAAUAGCUCUUCCUUCUUAAAGACCACUGCAGUUAGAACUUCCAUGGCCUCUCUAUCUGUGACACCUGACAUUUCACCUGCAAAGAGUAACCUAGGUUCAAAACUAAGUCCUGUGUUCACUGAUGGCAGUAGUCCUAAACACCAGCUGAGCCCUGCAAGGCAAUAUAACAACCCCAUUGGCCUUUACUCAGCAGAGACUCUAAAGGAAAUGGCUGAGAUGCAUAAAUUAAGUCUCAAACGAAGGGCUUCAGAAGGUGGACUUCCUAGAGGCCUUCCUGUUAAAGAUCCUCACAUAGAUAGUGCCUCUCCGGUGUAUCAGGCUGUGCUUAAAACUCAGAACAAGUCUGAGGAUGAGCUUGACGACUGGACUCGCCGUUCUGCCAAUCUGCAGUCCAAGUCUUUCCGCAUCCUUGCCCAGAUGACCGGAACGGAGUACAUGCAAGACCCGGAUGAAGAAGCCCUGAGGAGAUCAAGUGGCAAGGAAAAUGUUGCUGCAGCAGCUGAAAACAGCCCUACAGGUUCUCAUCAUGUGGCACAGUAUGUGACCUCAAGUGUUUGGCAUCCUCCUAAGUCACGCACCAUGGAUGCCAACAUUGACAAAGCUAAGCCAGUGGCCUCCAAGGGUUCCGUGAGGUUUGGAACGGGUACAAGUCAAAGGGAAGCCAGUUACAUCAGGACUGGCCAGAAAGCCCCUCUUACUUCAUCCAAUAAUCAAAGUACCCCUGUUGAGCAUGCGCCAGUGUCUACCAGCUCUGCCUCUGCUCCUGUGCCAGUUGCUUCAGCCAAUCAGUCUGCUACCGCUACUCAAAACACAUCCAGUCAGAUGACACCACCAUCAGCCACUCCCAUCUCUGUAGUACAAGAUUCCUUCUCUUCCUCUUUCCAAAGCUUCAACCGGCAUUCUUCCACCUCCAUCAGCUACCAGUCAAAAAAGAGAGGUACGGGCCAGUCCUAUACAUCAACACCGGUUUCCCAGGGUACCGCUUCUUCCUCAGGCUACAGUGAAAGUCCAGUUCCUGCUCCAAAACCAAGAGUUGUCACUACUGCUAGCAUAAGGCCCUCUGUCUACCAGCCAGCGCCAGCACCGGCACAAGCACCAGUGCAUUCUUAUGCACCAGGCAAGGCUGAUCCUUCAUGCCGCCCUCCUUGGGUAACAGAUGACUCCUUUUCCCAGAAAUUUGCACCUGGAAAAACCACUACCUCUGUUACCAAACAUACCCUGCCACGGGGUGCUCCAGCACCAUCUCCUGCCUCAGCUUCAGCCUACUCGUCUCCUUCAAUACCAGCCUCUUCCCAGACUCCUGCUGUAGCCCGGGGAACAAUUCAAAGGGCUGAGCGUUUCCCAGCCAGCAACCGAACUCCUCUCUGUGGACACUGUAACAGCAUCAUUCGGGGUCCUUUCCUGGUAGCCAUGGGUCGUUCCUGGCACCCAGAGGAGUUCAACUGUGCUUACUGCAAGACAUCUUUAGCAGAUGUGUGUUUUGUGGAGGAGCAGAACAGUGUGUACUGUGAGCGCUGUUAUGAACAGUUCUUUGCACCAACCUGUGCCAGAUGCCAUACCAAGAUCAUGGGGGAAGUGAUGCAUGCUCUAAGGCAGACUUGGCACACGACUUGCUUUGUCUGUGCUGCCUGUAAGAAACCGUUUGGGAAUAGCCUCUUCCACAUGGAGGAUGGGGAGCCCUACUGUGAAAAAGAUUACAUUGCUUUGUUCAGCACAAAAUGCCAUGGCUGUGAUUUUCCUGUUGAAGCAGGAGAUAAAUUCAUUGAAGCCCUUGGACACACUUGGCAUGAUACCUGCUUUAUUUGUGCUGUGUGCCAUGUGAAUUUGGAAGGUCAGCCAUUUUACUCCAAGAAAGAUAAGCCACUGUGCAAGAAACAUGCUCAUGCCAUCAAUGUCUAAAAGAAGACCUGGAAGCUACUGGCACUGUGAAAAAAUUGGCAACUAACUGAGAAAUUGCAAAAAGGAUAACCCCAACUGACAUUUCUCAUUGAGGGGAGGGUAGGAAGGCUAGGAAGCUAUUGAACACUUCUGAAGUAUAACUUUAAUCACUUUUAUAUUUGCAGAGCAUUUUUUUGCAUGGUCCAUACAGAAAGCUGAAUGAACACUCACUGGCAAAUUAGUCAAUCUGAGUCAAAUAUUACUGCAAAAGUUAGAACAAAAAUUAAAGAGAUUAAAAUUAAUUUUAAAAAAUGUUUUAUGUAAAAAUAAGUAAUAAAAAUACCCAGACCAGCCUUAGAGCUGAGACCAUACACUAGUGUUUAAAAACAAUUAAAAAUAAUUCUUGAAAUUUGUUACAAGAAAAUAUUAAGUGCCAAAAUAUUAAUU